GGCUGAAGAAAUUGAUUGAUUGAUUGAAUGAAUAAAUAAAUAAAUAUUUGAAGUGUAGGGUCUCUACAUAAAUAGGCCUUCAUGAGUUGCCUUUAUAAGAGAUGGGGAGGGGGGGAAAUUGGAGGAAACAAGGGAAGUUUUAAAAGUGCAUCUUCAGCAUAUGGUUUCUUUCUCCUAAAAUUAACUCUCAGCAUUCUAUAUACUGACCUCUUAAAAGCAGUAAAUGGUUUCUUAAUAUGUUAGGUCAAAUAUUCAUUGAAUUCUCUUCCACAGCUAAAGGGAAGUCUGCUUUUGUCAGAAAGAAAGAUUCCAUUUACACAAAAUGUUAAGGAAAUCCCACAAUGUCGACAGGAUGAAACUCAAGGGGAUUUCCCCCCCCAUCUUCCCAACAAGAUAGAAAGGAAUGUUAUGUGACUGCUUCUAAAGUAUUGAAAAGUCUGGUUGCCUUCUUGCUGUAAAACACACCCUACAUUAAGAGAAGGGAUGCAUUACGUCUCAGGAUCUAUGAAAGAUGUCGCAGACCCUUGACUGAGGAAGUUUACACUGCCCUCACAGCUGAUCCCCUGUUCCCUCUAGACAGAUUUCCUGCCACUCAGGACAGGAAUAAAACAGCAUGCUCUGAACCGUCAUGCUGCCUUGCAAAGCAGUCCUCACCAGAAAGAUAACAGAGACCCGCAGAGAGAGGAGUGUUUUUAGUUGCACAUGCCUCCUGAGCUGUCUGAGGAGCACUUCUGAAGACGAGAACAGUGGACUGCUGGUGUAUCUACAGUAUCUCUGUAAUCUAUACCUCUGCGUGAAGAAAAAAUGAAAACUACAACACCUGAAAAUGAAGCACAGAUCAAGCAGCAGCUGAGAAAAAAUAUCUGCCUGUGACAGUUUGCCUUCAGCCACGCUCAGGGGACGCAGGAAGAAAAUCCUUCAUCUGUCUUUGCACAUGUCACCGGGGUGCUGAUUGACUGUUCAAAGAGAAUCUCAGGAUCCAUCUGAAUCUUUGACAAAGUUCAGCUGGCUGAUUUUUUUUUUUUUUUACCAAGGAGAAGAUGAAAGUGCCUCUUUGUUUUCUCUUGAGCUGCAAUCUUGCUCUAAUAGCAGGCUACAAUUCCUUUCGGAGAAGCCUCGAGACUCUAGGCAAGAAGCAAUACCAAGUCCAGCAUGGAUUGUGCAGCUAUACUUUCCUUCUGCCUGAGAUGGACAAUUGCCGGUCUUCCUCGACUACCUCGUAUGUCUCUAAUGCUGUGCAAAGAGAUGCCCCGCUAGAGUAUGAUGAUUCCAUACAGAGGCUUCAGCUGCUGGAAAAUAUGCUGGAAAACAACACUCAGUGGCUAAUGAAGAUUGAGAAUUAUAUCCAAGAUAAUAUGAAAAAAGAAAUGGUUGAGAUUCAGCAGAAUGCGGUUCAGAAUCAGACAGCAGUGAUGAUUGAAUUAGGCACAAACCUAUUAAAUCAAACAGCAGAACAUACCCGCAAAUUAACAGAUGUCGAAGCACAUGUGUUAAACCAGACAACACGACUGGAGCUUCAACUGCUGGCCCAUUCUAUCUCAACUAACAAACUAGAAAUGCAGAUUUCAGAUCAGACCAAUGAGAUAGGUAAACUGCAAGAAAAAAACAGCCUUUUAGAAAAAAAGGUCCUUGAAAUGGAAAGCAAACACAUAUCCCAACUACAAUCAAUGAAAGAAGAGAAAGAUAAGCUUCAGUCACUUGUUUCUAGACAGAACUCCAUAAUAGAAGAAUUAGAGAAACAGUUAGUCAACGCUACUGCUAAUAACUCAUUCCUGCAAAAGCAGCAACAUGACCUGAGGGAAACGGUGCAAAACUUGUUUGCUAUGAUUUCUACGCCACAACCAUCCAAGAAUGCCUUGGUCCCUGGAAAAGAACAGAUCAGUUUUAAAGACUGCUCAGAAGCAUUCAAAAUGGGGUUUACAGCAAGUGGUAUUUACACAUUACUUAUAUCUAACACAGGAGAAGAAAAAAAGACAUAUUGUGAUAUGGAGACGGCAGGAGGAGCCUGGACAAUUAUUCAGCGACGCUUAGAUGGCAAUGUAGAUUUUGACCGAACAUGGGCGGAAUAUAAAAUGGGAUUUGGGAACCCUUCUGGAGAAUACUGGCUAGGAAAUGAAUUGGUUUCUCAGCUAACCAAUCAGAAGCAGUAUGUUCUGAGAAUACAGUUGAAAGACUGGGAAGGAAAUGAGGCAUAUUCUUUAUAUGAGCAUUUUUCCUUAGCAGGUGAAGAACUAAAAUACAGAAUCAACCUUAAAGGGCUUACGGGUACAGCCGGCAAAAUAAGCAGCAUCAGUCAACCAGGAAAUGGGUUUAGCACAAAGGAUGUAGACAACGACAAAUGCAUCUGCAAAUGUUCACAAAUGUUAACAGGAGGAUGGUGGUUUGAUGCAUGUGGACCCUCCAAUCUAAAUGGUUUAUACUAUCCACUGCGACAGAACACAAACAAAUUUAAAGGGAUUAAAUGGUACUACUGGAAAGGAGCAGGCUAUUCUCUAAAGGCCACAACUAUGAUGAUCCGCCCAACAGAUUUCUAAAAAAGUCUACACUUUUAUGUUGGAAAAUUAUGUUGACAUAAUUUUAAUAUACUUUGACAAUAUGGAUACACUAUGACCAAUUUUUCUGCCUGAACAACAUGCAUAUGCAUUCUAUAGGAAUCAGUGUUUCUACUCCUGAUUUCAGCAUUGCUGAAUUUCAUCACAGUUCAGUCAUGUAAGAAGAAAUAACCAAAGCGAUAAUGAUUUUAAAAGGAGAAUGUUAAAAGGAUUCUGCAGGACCUUAAGAACUUUGUUUUCAUGAACAUUUAUGAAGUUUGUGCAUAACUGGAACUGUGAAAUAUAUCUAGAUUAUCUAAAAUGUCUUCAGUCUUAAACAUUACUUUAUAUCUUACAAUUGAACUCUCAAUUGCUAUUUUAAAAAGAGCACUGCUUUGUAAACUAUAUUGUAUCUUAUUAUUCAUGCUGUUCCUUGUAAUUAUGUAAAUAUUUUGUAAUUAAUGCCUAUAUUCAGAUUAUUGCCUCUAGUAGUCACAUAUUCAAGGAUAUUUGGUAGCACAUAGUAUAUUUAAUAAGACUGUAUAAAAAUAUUUCUAUAUUUUAUGUCUUUUCUUUAAAAUCUAAUACUGAGUAUAUAACAGACCACUAUUUUUAUACCUUGCAUAUCAGAUAUUUGCAUAGGUAUUCUAAAGCUCGAAAUACCUUUGCAAUUUAUAGAACUCUACAUGUGAACUCAGUAUAAUGUAUAAGAAUAUUGGACUGUUAUUCUUUCUUGUUCUUUUCUCUUAAAAUAAUACCUCUUAAUUAUAAUUUGUGAGUAUUUUGGACAGUUUAAAAGAUCUGCUUCUAUUUUCUCUAGCUUAAAGGGAAACUGGUAAUUAAAAGUUUGAACACCUCUUGAGGAAAUUUGAUUUGGGAUUAGUUGAUAUAUAGUUCCCUGUGAACAUUUUCCAUUGCUUAUACUUUUAUAUAUGACAAUCAAAUCGUUAUCAUAUUCUAUGAUAAAUUAAAAAGCAAAAUAUUACUUACAGGAGCUGCAGGGAAAUCCACUGACAAUUCAAAUGGCUCUUCAGAAAUCCAAUAGCCAUGUUCCAGAGACCACAAAACCUAGACAGUGAUGGAACCACUGAGAAUUAAUAGGUCUAUUCGAAAUGUGUAAAGUAGCCAAUAGUAAGAAGAUCAUUAACAGCGGAAUAGUUAGCAUAUUCAAGCUUUGUUUCACACAGGCCAGAUAACUAUGCUUUAGCUGUACACUGUGUACAACAUAUUUUACUUCAUUGAAUCCUCGUUAGAAGUUUAGCUCAUAAUAGAAACAGGCUUCUAAGUUUGUGGACAAUGCUCAGCCUUAAAACAGAUGUUUAAAGACAUAAUCAAUGGUGCAUGGAAUUUGAAUAUAUUUGUAUGCUUGGUUCAGUCAACAGACCUUAAUCACACUUAAUCACAAAGCUUUUUGGAAGCAAAUUUGCUGCAUGAAGAAACAAGGAAAUGUCUUUUCAAAGAAGUGCAGCCCCAAUGUUGUUUGAACCAUGUGAGGAAGUUGUCAAUUUUCUUCUUCUUUAUUAAGAUUUCCUGCAGUAGCACAUUCAUUAGUCUCAGAGUAGGAUUCAAUCAAUAAAACAACAGCUUUUAGAAUAUAUAUAGGAUCACAUCAUGAACUUGGCCACAGAGGGUUGUGCAACAGAACAUCAAGUUUAUUUGAGUUUUGACUAGAUGAACAAAAAAAUAUUUGAGGAAACUGAAAAUCUUAACUUGCUAGUUGGUAAAUCAAUAUGCAUUAAACCACUGUUCCCAUGCCAUCAGAGAAAUUGAUUAAAACUAUUCAUGUAUCAAA